UAACCUUCCAGAGAUCAGUUCCAUCCGAAGAGUUCCUCUCCCACCUGAACUUGUUGAACAGUUUGGGCGUAUCCUAUUACUUUCUAUUUAACCGUUUAGAAAGUGUUGAAAUUCGUAUUCUCAUUAUUAUAAUUGUUUUGUGUUUAUGUUAUAUUUAAGUUCAUUUAAAGGUUUUAUUUAAAAUACAUUGAAGUAUAUGGGUAGAUUGCAGUUUGCCUAGUAAUUUUUGUAUAAAAUUUGAUUUUGGAAAUUGAGUCCCAUUUUAAUUGUUUGGGCACAUUUAAGAGAAUGAAUUGUUUAAAAUUAACUGCAUUUUUUAAUGAUUUAUUGCAAAGUAUUACUUUCCAACUAAGUGCUAUACGGGGACAUUUUUACUACCACAGUUUUUCAUUGUAAAGACUUGUGUUUUUGUUCUCAUAUUUUAACAUUUUGAAACUCGGAUGUGGCUCAAAAUGUUCAAAACAAACAAAAAACUGCCAGGUAUUUCUUUUUUCUCUUAAAAAAAGUUGUUGGUAUGCUUUUACACUUAACAUUGUCUUAGAAUUGAGGAAGUUUAGAAAUGAUUGCAUUUCUAAGGAUCGUAGUAAGAAUCUGUAUCUCAAGGUAUGAGAAACUCCGAUACUAAUGGCAUAUUUUCUAGACCGAGUAGCUAGAGGAAUUUUCUUACCCUCUAAAAAUAAAGAUUUUGUUUAUCUUAAAAUACGGCAUACCCUAUAAAAAGCCCCAGGCUUACAGUUAUUUGCUAGAAAGCAUUUAAAUGAAUCUGUAUCUCUCAUUAUAAAGAGAUCAAGAUGCUAUACAAAAACUUAAUCUGAGACUUUUUAAAGUAUAUUAAUUUAUUUAAAAGUAAAGAAUUAUUAUGAUUUCAAUACAGAGUGAUUUAGGAAGGGAAAGGAAAUGGAAAAUUAGGAAAAAUAUUUCUGAAGUAAGUAGAAAAAUUAGCAUUAUCUAAUAGAUAUUUUCCCUAAAGCUUUCAGUGUUUCUCUGAGUUUUUGUAAAAUAGUAUUGUCAAAUAUAUAAUGCACUUUAUCCCAUACUCUGCGCUUUCUUGGUUCCUUAAUAUUCUUCUUUAACCCUUUGAUUUAAUCCUUUGAUAUUAUACUCUUCAUGAGACAUUUUUUUAAAUUAGGAAGUGAUUUUAUUUUCAUGGUUAUUUCAUUGUCUUAUAUUACAGAACAUAGUUUUUCAUCUAUUUUUCAAUUGCAUUAUUUAUAAGAGGCUUGCAAAUUGUCACCUGGCUAUGACUUUAGGGUAAUAUGUGCCUUUUUGUCACUGUUGCUCUUUUACUGCUGUAAAAACUGGUCCAGUAAGAUAGUUUUAUUUUUUGGUUUUUGUUACUGUUGAGAAUAAGAUAGUUUUUUUAAUAUCAAAAAUCAGUGAUAUUCAUAAUUAUUAUUUUUUUGAACUUGGUAAUGGUAAGAACAUUACCAUUGUCUUUCAAAAUACAUUUUAACCAAUGAGGAUGGCUGUACAACAUAAUUGAUGUCGCUAAAUUGUACACAUGACAAACGUUGAAGUGGCAAACAUGUUCUGUAUUUUUUUACAAUUAAAAAAUAACAUUUUAAAUGGUCAGUUAGCAUUACUUAGCAAUUGUAAAAUUUUAAGUGUUUCUCGUACACUAUGGCUAAGGUAUUCCAUUUGUUAUUUAUGUUAAAGAGUGGAUAAAUUUAUGAUAUUUUAAUCAUUAAUUUUCAACCAAAAGCUUUUGAAACAAGUUUAAGAAAGAUGAGAUUGAAAUCUUUCUACCUUACAUCCACACUAUCUCAGAUAUGCAGUGUAACUGCAUGAUGGGAGUGUUCCCUCCCAUCAGCAGAGCUUGGCUUACAAUUGACAGUGAUAUAUUCAUGUGGAACUAUGAAGAUGGGUAUCUUUCAGCCUCAUGUACGACACCUCCUGGUUUUAGCAACUCCUGUGGAUAUAGUGAUUCUUGGACUCAGCUAUGCUAAUUUACAAACAGGUUCUGGAGUUCUUAAUGACAGUAUGUCUGGUGGAAUGCAGUUGCUUCCAGAUCCUUUAUAUUCUCUUCCCACUGAUAAUACUUAUCUUUUAACGAUAACUUCCACUGAUAGUGGCAGAAUUUUCUUGGCUGGAAAGGAUGGCUGUUUAUAUGAAGUAGCAUACCAAGCAGAAGCAGGUUGGUUUAGCCAAAGAUGCAGGAAAAUAAACCACUCAAAGAGUGCACUUUCUUUCCUUGUUCCUUCCUUGCUACAAUUCACAUUUUCAGAAGAUGAUCCUAUCGUUCAAAUUGCAGUUGAUAAUUCUAGAAAUAUUUUAUAUACACGAUCUGAGAAAGGAGUAAUACAAGUUUAUGAUUUGGGCCAAGACGGACAAGGAAUGAGCAGAGUUGCUUCUGUUUCACAGAAUUCUAUUGUCUCUGCUGCUGGAAACAUUGCUAGGACAAUAGAUCGUUCUGUUUUUAAGCCAAUUGUUCAAAUAGCAGUGAUUGAAAAUUCUGAAUCUCUCGACUGUCAGUUAUUGGCUGUCACACAUGCAGGUGUAAGGUUUUAUUUCAGCACAUGUCCAUUCAGACAGCCAUUAGCACGGCCCAAUACGUUGACACUGGUUCAUGUUCGUUUACCUCCUGGAUUUUCAGCAUCUUCAACUGUGGAAAAACCUUCAAAAGUGCAUAAAGCUCUUUAUAGUAAAGGAAUUCUGUUGAUGACAGCCUCAGAAAAUGAAGAUAAUGAUAUUUUGUGGUGUGUUAACCAUGAUACAUUUCCUUUCCAAAAGCCACUGAUGGAAACUCAAAUGACUACCCGCGUUGAUGGUCAUUCCUGGGCUCUAUCUGCAAUAGAUGAAUUGAAAGUAGAUAAGAUAAUUACACCAUUAAAUAAGGAUCAUAUUCCAAUAACUGACUCACCAGUUGCUGUCCAGCAGCACAUGUUGCCUCCAAAGAAGUUUGUUCUCCUCUCCGCGCAGGGAAGUCUUAUGUUUCAUAAACUUAGACCUGUAGAUCAACUGAGGCAUCUCCUUGUGAGUAAUGUGGGUGGAGAUGGAGAAGAGAUUGAAAGAUUCUUUAAAUUACACCAGGAAGACCAGGCAUGUGCAACUUGCCUUAUCCUUGCUUGCUCCACUGCUGCCUGUGACAGAGAAAUAUCUGCUUGGGCUACUCGAGCUUUCUUCAGAUACGGCGGUGAAGCACAGAUGAGAUUUCCAGCCACUCUUCCCCCUCCGAGUAAUGUUGGUCCCAUCUUGGGGUCUCCUGUCUAUUCUAGUUCUCCUGUACCUAGUAGUAGUCCAUAUCCAAAUCCAACCUUUCUGGGAACACCACCUCAAGGUUUGCAGCCUCCUGCCAUGUCAACACCAAUGUAUGCUGUGGGAAACCCAGCAACUCAGGCCACAAGUAUGAGUUGUAUGACUGGACCAGAGAUUGUGUACUCUGGAAAACACAAUGGUAUUUGCAUUUACUUUUCUCGAAUUAUGGGAAAUAUUUGGGAUGCUAGUUUAGUUGUGGAGAGAGUGUUCAAGAGUGGCAAUAGAGAGAUCACUGCUAUUGAAAGUAGUGUUCCCUCCCAACUGCUGGAGUCAGUGCUACUAGAGCUAAAAGGUUUACAAGAAUUUCUAGACAGAAACUCCCAAUUCGCAGGAGGACCAUUAGGAAAUCCAACUACUACUGCUAAAGUGCAGCAGAGACUGAUGGGAUUCAUGCGUCCUGAAAAUGGAAAUACCCAGCAAAUGCAACAGGAGCUGCAGAGGAAGUUUCAUGAGGCCCAACUGAGUGAAAAAGUUUCGCUUCAGGGAAUCCAGCAAUUGGUUCGAAAAUCAUACCAGGCUCUGGCUUUAUGGAAACUUCUUUGUGAACAUCAGUUCGCUGUCAUUGUAGGAGAACUUCAGAAGGAAUUCCAAGAGCAGUUAAAGAUCACCACCUUCAAAGAUCUGGUAAUCAGGGACAAAGAACUGACAGGGGCAUUAAUUGCUUCUCUCAUCAACUGCUACAUCAGAGAUAAUGCUGCUGUUGAUGGCAUUAGUUUACACUUACAGGAUAUCUGCCCUCUUCUGUAUAGCACUGAUGAUGCAAUUUGUUCUAAGGCAAAUGAACUGCUUCAGCGUUCCCGACAAGUUCAAAAUAAGAUUGAAAAGGAAAGAAUGUUAAGGGAAUCAUUAAAGGAGUAUCAGAAAAUCAGCAAUCAAGUGGACCUUUCCAGUGUUUGUGCCCAGUAUAGACAAGUGCGUUUUUAUGAGGGUGUGGUGGAACUCUCUCUCACUGCUGCAGAGAAAAAAGAUCCUCAGGGUCUUGGACUUCAUUUCUAUAAGCAUGGAGAGCCAGAAGAGGACAUAGUAGGACUUCAGGCUUUCCAAGAAAGAUUGAACAGUUAUAAGUGCAUUACAGACACACUUCAAGAACUGGUAAAUCAAAGUAAGGCUGCUCCUCAGUCUCCUAGUGUACCCAAAAAACCUGGUCCUCCAGUGUUGUCAUCUGAUCCCAAUAUGUUGAGUAAUGAAGAAGCAGGACAUCAUUUCGAACAAAUGCUUAAAUUGGCUCAGCGAUCCAAAGAUGAGCUCUUUAGUAUUGCCCUUUAUAACUGGCUAAUACAAGCUGACCUUGCAGAUAAGCUGUUACAGAUUACUUCUCCAUUUCUGGAGCCACACCUGGUCCGAAUGGCAAAGAUUGAUCAAAAUAAAGUUCAUUAUAUGGAUUUACUCUGGAGGUAUUAUGAGAAGAAUAGAAGUUUUAGUAAUGCUGCUCGUGUACUGUCCAAACUGGCUGACAUGCACAGCACAGAAAUUUCACUUCAACAACGCCUAGAGUACAUUGCUCGAGCCAUUCUUAGUGCCAAAAGUUCCACUGCCAUUUCAUCAAUAGCUGCAGAUGGUGAAUUCCUUCAUGAACUGGAAGAAAAAAUGGAAGUUGCUAGGAUCCAGCUUCAGAUACAAGAGACACUACAAAGGCAAUAUUCCCAUCAUUCUUCUGUACAGGAUGCAAUUUCUCAGCUGGAUUCUGAGCUAAUGGACAUAACGAAGCUUUAUGGAGAAUUUGCUGACCCAUUUAAACUUGCAGAGUGUAAACUGGCAAUAAUUCAUUGUGCUGGUUAUUCAGACCCUAUAUUGGUACAGACCCUUUGGCAAGAUAUCAUAGAGAAAGAAUUGAAUGAUAGUGUGGCAAUGAGCUCGCCGGAUAGAAUGCAUGCUCUUAGUCUCAAGAUAGUGCUCCUUGGCAAAAUUUAUGCUGGCACACCUCGUUUCUUUCCUCUAGAUUUUAUUGUACAGUUCUUAGAGCAGCAGGUUUGUACUUUGAACUGGGAUGUGGGCUUUGUAAUACAGACAAUGAAUGAAAUUGGAGUCCCAUUACCUAGACUACUGGAAGUGUACGAUCAGUUAUUCAAAUCACGGGAUCCAUUCUGGAACAGAAUGAAGAAGCCACUUCACCUUUUGGAUUGUAUACAUGUACUGUUGACAAGAUAUGUUGAGAAUCCUAGCCAAGUUCUAAAUUGUGAGAGGAGAAGAUUUACAAAUCUCUGCCUGGAUGCUGUUUGUGGUUAUCUGGUUGAGCUCCAAUCUAUGAGCUCUUCAGUAGCAGUACAAGCCAUUACAGGGAAUUUUAAAUCUCUUCAAGCGAAAUUAGAACGCCUUCAUUAAUUAUUGUAAUGUAUUUUCAUCCAUGCAUUUUGAUCUGUAAAAUAAAAGCUCAGCUGGGUCCAGA